AUGUUUCAGUUACACGUGGCUGUGACUUCAACGUUACUUGCCUUAAUUUUAACGACAGUUGUCUCUUAUAAAAAUGGUGUUCAUUAUGAUUAUAAAGAUUCAGUUGUGUCUAAAAUUUUGCCGCAAAAAAGUGACUUGUUAACUUAUUUGAAAUCUUUGAGACGAACAAUAUAUUUUUGCUCAAAACACAAGGUCGACUUGGAUAUGAAUUUUGAGUUUGGGCUCUUUCUGAUUAAUGUAAACUUAAAAAAAGCUCUACUUAUCAAGCGAAACCGUAUACCUAAACAUGUUCAAACUUACAUAACUUUACUACUGAAAGAGAAUGACAAUUUAAUCGAUUUCUUUGACUACAUGAGAGAUGAUGGAUGUUUUAAGUCUUUUUCAGAUCUUUGCAUGUUAUCUCUGGCAAAUAAUGAGAUUCAAGACUCCAUUCAAACUAGGUGCGAUGUUUAUGAACCUUGCUAUGACAUGCUCAUGAAUGGGACAGAUUUUGGAUACGCUCUUUCGCACAGGUUGUUGUUCCUACUACAUGCAAGGCACAGUAGAGGUUGCAGUAUAUUUUCGAAGGAGCAAGACGAGUCACUGACUAAAAAGUUCUGCAAAACUGCUUACAGUGAGGCGGAGUUUAUUGCUAAUAAUGACUAUCAGGCUGUCGAUCUACUCUUAGAACAAAUGGGUCUCUGCACUUUGGACGGCCACCCCCAAUUCCUGAAACGAUCGUGGCUUUCAAACGUCCUCCGUUUUCAAACUGAAUACGGCUGUUUUGGGCAAAGGCUGACUCAGGCACCUGCUAGAUCCAGGUUAUCAAGAACCCCGCCCAUCUGGAAAAUAGCUAAGAACUUGGACCACAGAAUAAUGGAUGGACUAUGUGACGGGCAUGUAACUUCUGUAGCAUCCGCUACCCUCGCUGCUGCUAUUCGAUACAUACUGGAGACGUACUAUUGAUGUUGCUAAUUCGUCGAAAUUAAAGGAAACAAAUGAGUGACCGACACGAAUACGCCAGUAACGUUUUAAAAUUAAAUUUGAUUUCGAGCAAAACAAUUUUUGAACAUCUGAUUUCA